AUGAACUUUUUAUUGAUUUCUUUGAUCACCCAAUUCACGAGAUACUCGUUGGCAUUCACUAUAACUGAGGUCGAAGAGCCUCUAACUUCCAUUAAAAUACAUGCGAAUGAGCAUCGGACAUUGAAUUUAGAUGAUGCCAGAGAUGCAAUUCUAUUAUCAUAUAAUCAUAGCAGAGGUUGUGAAGUAACCCCAUUGCAACUCCAAUUCGAAACUCAAGAAUUCAGGAUCAUUCAACCAUAUGAUUUUACAGAAAAGGAUUUUGAAUCAGACACUAUUCUCAACUUUCGUUAAUUUGUGUCGAUGGUUCAUAUAAAAGACGGCAUGUUGGCAAUCACUUCAGAUUCAGUUGCCUAUCUUCUUAAAUUUAAUUACAAUACUGUUUUCGAACAUGAUUUUGAAGAGAAGGGAUAAAAGUUUGCUAGAAUUUUAUGGAAAGCAGAUCUUCAGACUAUUGCACCGUCUUUGGUUGCUAAGAAUGAAUUACCGCAAUUAUUGUUCUCUCCUUCUACCAAUCUAGCAUUUUUACUCUUUAGUGAUACUGCUCAGUUGUUUAGCAUGGAACAAAUGGAAUCACAAACCACAUCACUUGAUGUUUACCAAGUGACUGAUUGGAGAAAGAGAGGAUACAGAGGAUUAACCAAAGAGAUUGACGGAUUAGUAUUUAGUGCAGUUGGUAGAGAUGGCUUAGAUGUUUAUAAGAUAGUGUAAAAAGAUCUAAGAUUUAUUAAGAAUCUCAAAUUAAAGGAUUUUGGUUUGAAUUCUACGAUUGAGAUAGUUGAUUUUGCUAUUGUAAAGCAUGGGACUGCGGAUGGAUAUUACUCAAUGUUUUUAUUGGAUAGGGAGUGUGGAUUAUUGUUGAUAGAUGUUCAUAGAGAUCAGUAUGUGAAUUUUGGAUUAAGAUCUUGGAUUAACUUUUAAUCUGGAGGAAUAUCAGUUGAUACCCGAAAUGGUAGAAAUGUAUUUAUGGCCUAUUAAUCCAUGAAUCACCAUUAUGUACUUGAAUACUAUGUUGAUUUAGAUAAUGGAAAUUCGUUUUCAAUUAGAAAAAAGAGGAUAGAUAACAGAAUUAUCGAUUUGGAUGCCACCGAUGAUUUUGUCAUCGUAUAAGGUGUCAAUUAACAUUUAAUUCUAUUUUCAAAUGGAUAUGAUUAUGUUAUGAAUAAUCAUUAAGAUCAAGUGUUUAAACAUUUGGGUUUACGAGAUUUUGCUUUCUUUAAUCAAUCUUACAAAUUGGAAGAUAUGGAUGAUAUCAAAAAAGAAUACCAAUAUGAUGAUUUCUUUUUUGGGAUCACUGCUUAGAGUGCAUUUCUGACUAGAUUCUAGAUGCAGCCUAUUAAAUUGAAGUGUUUCUAUCAUUAAUCUGAUGUUGGGCAAUCUUUUACGUAUAUUCUGCAAUAUAAUACAACAGUGGAAGGUGUUUCAGAUCUGGUAGUCAGACACACACAAAUGGUGAAUAUUGAGAUUAUAAAGACAUACUUCUAUGAAGCAGAGUAUUACUUAUUGUAUUCGGUUUGUUUCUUGUUGGGAUCAGUGUUGUUGAUGGGGUUGGGAUAUGUGGGCUAUUGGUUUUAUAAUUUUGGUGGAAUAUAUUGA